CUGGAGAAACGAAAGGCCAGGAAAGGCCGAUGCCCCCACUGGCCGCCAUCCAGCCCAGGACAGCCAGGCGGAGCCAGCCGCUCGGGAGGUGCUGCAGCAUGUUGGGGCUCAGCAUCGCCAGCCCUCAGCUGCUCAGGGCACAGCCCCUCCUGAGCACCCAGCCGCAGCCGAGUGUCCGGAGUAACUCCCCACAGCCCCCUGGUCAGGUGCUGGUACAGAGGCCGCUGCCCGCCCUCCGACCAGUCCCUGCGAAGAGAGCCAUCGCUCCCCAGGCUCGGAACGGACUGGCCACCACCUUGGCCCCUGGGUCAGCCUCUGCCCUGCCGGCAGUCACAUCCGUUUCAUCCAGUUCAGCAAAUUUAUUUAUUUCCAACGUGCAUACAGAGCACACUGAGAAACUAAAAAAGUCUUUAAAAGUGAAAACACGCUCCGGGCGGAUAUCUCGACCUCCCAAGUAUAAAGCCAAACAUUAUAAAUUCAUAAAAAUGGAGGAUCUGGCCGACAGUCACCUGUCCGACUCUGACGAUUACUCAGAACUGAGUGUGGAAGAAGACGAGGAGCAGAGGGAGCAGCUGGCGCUCUUCGACUUGGCGAGCUGCUCCCUGAGGCCCAAAACCUUUAAGUGUGAGACGUGUGAGAAGUCAUACAUAGGAAAGGGGGGACUGGCCCGGCAUUUUAAACUUAAUCCGGGCCACGGCCAACCGGAGCCCGAGAUGUCGCUGUCUGAGAAAGCCAAUGGGAGCGUGACCCAGGGCCUGCCAUCCCCAGGGCUGGCCACACCAGCUCUGCCAAGUGAGGACGGGGCCUGGUCAGCACGGGGUGGCCUGCAGAAUGGUCAGUCUGUAGAAGCUGAAGAGGCGUUGGUAUCCGAACCAGCAGGUGGAAGUUAUUCAGCCCUCAUGGAAUCAGAGAGACACCCAGGACCUAAAAGGGGCUGUUCCACGACCCCCGCGGAGCCCAGCGCAGCCCAUCUGGAGCAGAGCCGAGUGGCCAGGAGCAGAGCCAGGCUCACGGAGUUUCUUCACCAGUGUGACCGGGAGGAUCUGGUGGAAUUGGUUCUGCCUCAGCUGGCUCAGGUUGUAACCGUAUAUGAAUUUCUUCUGAUGAAGGUUGAAAAAGGUCAUCUAGCAAAGCCUUUGUUCCCAGCCGUAUACAAGGAGUUUGAAGAGUUGCAUAAAAUGGUUAAGAAAAUGUGUCAAGAUUACCUCCGUAGUCCUGGCCCGGGUUCUCAGGAGCCCCUGGAAAUAAACGAUUACGAGGUCGCCGAGUCAUUAGGAAUCACAGAGUUCCUGGGGGAAACAGCAGCACACACGGAUCGCCUUCCACACGCGUGCACCUGCCGAGACAUGGACGGGGAGGAGCUAGAGGCAGCCGGCCCGAGGAAGAGGGAGAACGAGACAGCAGACGAGGGGCUGGCCUCAGUGAAAAGGACCAGAAGGGCCCCUGUGCCCGAGGAGCCCCCUGAAUCUUCUGCCUGCAGUGGAGGCCUGCAGAAGCCAGCCGGGUGUGCCCCAGCGGCCAGUGAGGGUUUUGCCCCUCGAGUAAAUGGGAACACCUGUCAGCAUCCUGAAGAAAGCUACGCGGUGCUGGGUUCUGAUAGCGACACAUGUGCAGUGCAGGCGGGUCGGCAGCUGGAAGCACUUGGUGACUUAGCAGCCAGGAGUGGAUCUGCAGAACCUGCCCUCUCCUGUCGGGGUGUCCAUGGACCCAGUCUUUGCACUCAGCAGGGACAGCCCAGGAGGCUGGCCCAGGAGCAGGUGGCGGCCUUACCCACAGAGGAUGCUCAGGGACACUGUUCAGACCUGAAUGCCGGGGGCAGCCUAUGGAGCCCGGGACUCUGCAGCAGCUCGAUGUCCUUGGGAGGAGUGGCAUCCCCGCUGCCUGGUGGGUCUGGAAACGCCGAGACGGGAGAGCUCCACCAGGUGCCCGGCUCGCACGUGAGCGGCCAGCCGUCCAGCUCCGGCGAGGCCCUGCUUCCAGGGCCUGCAGCCCCUCCGCUGGAGAAAGUCCUGUCCCUGCACACUGCAUCAAUGCACCGUGCCCGCGGCACCGUGUCCGAGCCGGGGCCUGAGCUUGGCCUGCGUGGAUCGCUGUCUGCGGAAGGGGGUCUUGGGAGCCAUGCGGGGGGCUUGGACCAGUUUCCAUGUGGGACCGGGACACACGCUGACCAGAGAGACCUGGAGAGCGUCGUUGCUGUGGGUGAAGCCGUGGCUUUCGAAAUCACCAACGGGUGCCAUGAGCUAUUGUCUCAGGGACAGGAGCAGAUAUUUAUUCAGACUUCCGAUGGGCUUAUCUUGUCCCAUCCAGGUUCCAUCAUGUCCGGGGAGGACAUCGUCAUCCUGACCGAAGCGGAGGGCACUGCCCUGCAGACCGGCCCACUGAAAGGGGUUCCUCUCGAAACCAUGGAGGCAGAGCCCUCACAGUGAGAUGGAGUCAGAACCGCAGCCCUAGAUUUGUAUUUAUUUUAUCCAAAGAGGGCCUAUGUCACAUAGUGUAUAUUUUUCUAAUGUGAAUACUGACACAGGUGAACAUUUUAUUUAUAAAGAAUAAUGUCU